UUGCACGUUUGUUUGUAUCACAGAGCCAUAACAUCCGUAUACGGCCUGAUAAUAGCCGAUUAGUCACUAGGCGCUAUUGGAGUGAAUCGCUCGAACCAAAACCUAUAACAUUUUUAUCAGUCUUCAAAUCUUCGUAUAUCCGAAUUUCAUCUCAUCCACGUGGCUGCUGUCUAUAAAUACUUAGGGGGCUGGCGCAACAUACGAAGUUCCCUGAGGGCUUCACAUUCGGCGUCGCCACCGCAGCCCAUCAGAUAGAGGGGGCAUGGAAUGUAAGCGGCAAAUCUGAAAAUGUAUGGGACCGGCUCUCUCAUUCCCGACCAUGGAUGAUUGCUGAUGGCACCAAUGGAGAUGUCGCAUGCGAUUCCUACAACAGAUACCAAGAAGAUGUGGAUGCACUGGCUUAUAUAGGCGUGGACUUCUACAGAUUUUCGCUAUCCUGGGCAAGAAUCCUGCCCACAGGCCGUAUCGAUCACGUGAACCCUGAUGGCAUCCGUUACUACAAUGAUCUUCUCGACGCAUUAGCCGACAAAAAUAUUGAGCCGCUGGUAACUUUGUUCCACUGGGAUUUGCCACAAACCCUUCAAGAUCUUGGUGGGUGGGCCAAUCCAAAAAUGAUUGACUACUUCCGUGACUACGCCGACCUGUGCUUCAGAGAGUUCGGCGACAGGAUCAAAUCUUGGAUCACAUUCAACGAGCCAUAUGAAAUUUGCGAGGAUGCGUAUGGCGACGACAAGAAAGCGCCUGCGAUUGACAGUCACGGUGUCGGAAACUAUUUAUGCAGUGACACAGUUCUGAAAGCCCACGCAGAAUCUUAUCACUUGUAUAAUGAGACCUAUAGGCCUAAACAGAAUGGGAGAAUUAUGAUCUCCAUCAAUGCUAUAUGGUAUGAGCCAACUGAUCCUGAAAAUGCUGAGCAAGUAGCUCUUGCGGAAGUGGCUAACCAGUUUAAAUUCGGAUGGUUCGCUCACCCGAUAUUUACCGUAGAAGGAGGGUAUCCCUCUGUAAUGGUAGAAAAUGUGGCUCAGCAAAGCAAGGCUGAGGGCUUGCAUAAACCACGUUUGGAACAAUUUGACAGUUACUGGAUUGAGAGGAUUAGAGGCACUUCUGACUUCCUGGGCAUCAACCACUACACCACACACUUGAUCACGGCCGCCGGUUUGGACCCCAUUGCCAAAUCUCCUUCUUGGCUGAAAGAUAUCGGAGCUGUAACAAGUAUGAAAGUUGGCAGCGAUUCGGCCUCGGAAUGGCUUCGGGUGGUGCCCACUGGAUUCGCAAACCUUUUGCGUUGGUGCAAGAGCUCCUACAACGACCCACCGAUUUACAUAACCGAAAACGGAUUUUCUGACCGAGGCACUUUGCUAGAUUACGGACGAAUUAAGUAUUUUAAUGAUUACUUGUCCGAAAUUUUGAAUGUAAUCUACGACGAUGGUGUCAAUAUUCUUGGUUACACAGUGUGGACUCUUAUGGACAAUUUUGAAUGGCGAGCUGGGUUUUCCGAGCGUUUCGGUUUAUACCACGUCGAUAUUACGGACCCGAGCUUACCGCGAACACCUAAAUUGUCCGUCGAAUACUGGAAGCAGUUGUGCGCCACGAGGGAAUUACCUCAAGAUGAACGCUUCAAGGAUCCAGCUUGGGUACCGUACAAAACAGAACUUUAAGGAUAUGGAAGAAGCAAUUGAAAACGACAGUGGAUAUUAAAACAAAUAUUUAUUUAGUUCAUAUAAGAAUAUCAAAUUAUUUACAAUGAAAUUAUUGCAAAUUAGUUACAAUAUAUGACAUUCAUAAUUUCAUUGUUAUAACAUUGAUACACGUAGUUAUAUACACUACAGAGAAAACUUGCAUGUGUCAGACUGAACAGAUAUGUUUGCAUAAUAUUUAAGGCUAUACUUAAAAAAUAAACCAUAAAACAGUUUACUUCAAAUAUUGUUCCGAAUAUUAUUCUG